UGCUUCGAAGCAGUCGUCCGCGCGUCAGUUAGAGCCCCCAAGGGCUGAACUGAAUAGAGCGUACCUGCAAUCUGCAGUAACCCUCAAAACGGUGCUGAAGUCCCCCCCGGGAUGCGCCGAAAUUUGUUUAUUGAUUUGCACAUUCAGAAAGUAGUUCGGUCAAGGUCAGGUGACUUUAUUGAGGAUCGCGAGCUCGCCAAGCAUCUCCAGCUCUUCGCGAGGCGCUGUUACUGCUGCGAGACGCGUGGCCGGAACCCAAACCACUCGCUGAUCGCUGGCAAGUGGAAAGCAGUGUUUGCAGUGAGGAUUCGCGAGAGGAAAGAGGCAACAUGUGGCGGGGGGAGGGUACGGCGAGACCGGCCGCCUCGCCGGGUCUUUUGAGACGCAGAUAUUCUGUUCCAGAGACCAUAAUGAGAAAGUAUCGAUUGGCUCAACAAAGGUCUGAUUCUGAUGAACGGCAAGAAAGUACUUCUCCAGCUUCGACAGCGCUCCGUGGAGUCUGUAAUUGCUGCAGUCGAGGACCUCGUCGUGAUCGCGAUCCAAUCAGGAAGUCAGCUCUUCUUAGGCUGUGGGGUCGGGCCGGAGCGUCACCCGUCCGAAAUUGCUGCUGCCAAAAUGGAACACGUUCUCUUGACGGAUCACAUUCAGAACUACGAGGCUCCCCUCGUUCAACGCCAAAACGACUUCGCUUGGACUCUUCCAGAGAUACUGACUCAAGUUUUAGAUUUCACAGAGCUUUGUCCCCUUACUUAGAACACACUAUUACACCAGUCUCAGAGAAGUUUACAACUAGUUCAACCUCUCAACAGCCUUCUGAGACAAUAACUGCUCAAAUUGAAUCUGAAUUUGAUAGUAAUACCCUGACUGAUAAACAACGUACUGCAUCCGACGAUUGCUCUAUUACUGAUUCAUCUGAUGCUCUCACAACCUCGUUUCCAACCAUGAAAAGGAUUGAAUAUAAUACAGGUCCAGCCUGUAGUCAGAUAAAUUCAUUAAGCAGCCAUAUUGAUGGACGAGUAAGCGAAAGAUCUAUCAGUGCUGAGAAUGAUGAAAGCAAUAUAUUACCCUAUGAUAAACCAUUAACUAUUGAGACUGACUAUGAUAUACUCGAAAUAGUAGUAUCUGAAACUCACAACCCUAAAUCAACACCAGCAGUGAUACAUGUUCCAGCAGAAAAAAAGUCCAAUCUUAUUAAAAAUGCUACAAAUAUUGAAAGAAAAAAGGACAAUGUUGACAUAGAUGAGUAUGUAUCAAACAUAUUAGUGGAGAGCCUUAAUUCACUUACAGAUCAAUUAGAGUCCAUGAAUGCUUCAAUGGGCUACGAUAAAAAAUUAAACAUCGUAGAAAAGGAAAUUAAAGUAAGGUUGCAAAAUACCGGUGUCAAUACAAUCGUACAUCUCAGUCCUACAUCUAAUAACCAAAUCAUAUUCGGAAAUGAAGAACUUUGUAAUAACGACUAUGGGUGUGAUGUGGAUAAUAAUCCCAGGGAAAAUAUCAGUGAUAAUGUACGUGAAAGUGCUUUAAGCAUUGAAACUAAUAACAAUAUCACAUCUGCUGAAAGCUUGAGAGAUAGUCACUGUAUUCAGAACCAAAAUUUACCAGAAAAUUGUGUAAAUGUUCCCAAUGACAAUAUUAAUAAAUCUAUUCUUAGCCAAAUUCAAAAACUAUUCCAAGAUGAAUUAAAAAAUAGUGAUUUAAUAAAAAGCAAUACAUCUCUCACUAAUAUAAACGGAGUAUCACACAUAGAAAUAUCAAAUGUAGACAUAUUUUUAAAUGACAGUCAACAUUCUCUCAACAACACUGAUACCAUUGAGAUUCAGACACAAAACUUUGAGGGUACACAAGUACUCGGUGGAGUGGGAACUGGCAAUUAUUUUGAAGAAACUGAAGAAAAAGCUCUUGUGCCACGGUUUUCGGCGUAUCCACAUAGCGACUCAAUGGAAGUUAAUACGUCAUCCUCAGAAGAUAUGGAAUUGUUAGGAUCAGAAUGUGGAAGUUUAGUUGACAGCCUUGAUGAUCCUAAUUCUCCGAGAUCCUUAUUACUUCGUAGGGCUUAUACCAAUAGUAAAAGAAGUGAAUUGGUGCGGUCUUCUAUAGAUGUUUUAGACCUUUUACCAGAAAAUGCUAGCCAAAAUUCUAAUUUGUCAUCAAGAGAAAAAGGUGAAGCGUUUUUCAUUCGAAUUAAAGAUAAUGAUCUUGACUGUGAAAAAGAAAACGUUGUGGUGGCGGAUCAUAUGCCCGAAACUAUAAAACAAAGGUUAUUAAAGAGACACAGAAAACGAGAACAACGGAUGGAAUCAGCCCGUCGUAAUAAAGUAAGACAGUUAAAGAACGACGUGAUUAAAAAUGAACGAGAACAUUCUUCAUACAAGACAAAAAAAGAAAUUGAAAAAGAGUGUUUUAAUAUUAUUAAUUCUUUAAUUAAUGAUGUAAUCGCAAAGAUUGCUCAAGACGAAUAUAAAUGUAUGCGUAUAAAGCAACGAAGUAAUAAAACAUUAGAAGGAAUAGAUGCAAAUUUGCCUCGAAAAGCUCAAAAGAAAGAAAGUGAAACAGCCAAAUUAAAUAAAAGGAAAACUAAAUUAUCCGAUGACAUUGAUAAACAACAUCGCAAAGCUGAGCGACACAUACGUGAAAAAUUUUGUCAACACGUUAAUUCCAUGCUAUCACCAGAGGAACAGAGAUCAAAAAGAAUUUAUCAGAAAUCUGAAAUACAUGAAGGAAAUAACUGCAUAGAAAUUCUUGAAAUACUGGAGUACGUGAAUAGUUCCCAAACGUCAUCGGAAACUACAAAUUCUGACGACAACCAUAGCAUACUACAAAGAAAUAAAAAGUCACGUAUUCCUGUUCCUGUUUAUGAAAGAAUACAAAAAAUUCGAGCGCCAAAGAUAAAAAACCAAGAAUUUCCUGCAGGUUCAUUGUUUCAACGCGACAAAUUUAGGAGAUCAAAUGAAAACAUGCCCGGAAAUUUUAUUGAUGAUUUCGAUGAGGGCAGUGAAGAUUCAAUUCAAGAACCACCCAUGCGCCGUGCUUCAGUGCCUUAUGAAUCUCGUGCUAGGUCAAACUCAAUGAGAUUUCAAAUACCAUUUGAUAUAAUACCAGAAGAAAAAAGUAGUCUUAGUUUGGAAUCUAACGACGACAUAUCAACCAAGCAUCAUGCCUCGGCACCUAGUUUAUCAGAAAGUUUGUCUAAUGGAUAUGACAAACAUUCGAGGGGUAAAGAAAAUGGACAACAGUCUAAAGAUAGAAAAUUUAGAAAUCUUAAAAAUGUUUCAACUUCUCCAAUGCCAGAGACUCACAGGGCGGCUACUCAGGUUAACGCGGCUGCAAUGACGUCACCCUUACGUAAAUCAGCAUCAACUAGUCCUAUUCGUACUUCACCUUUAGAAAGGUAUUGUUCCAAUGGACUGAACAAUACUGUAAGUCAACAGCGGCCGACUCAAAGAAGGGACAAGGAAGGUAUCGCGCGCACAUUCUCACACCCUUUGUCAGCCCACCGCACUGCUUCCACUAUUUACGUAGAUCAAACUGCUUUAACUUUAUUCAAAAUUCAUCAAACAUCAUAUUCAAAAAACGAUAAAUUAAAUAAAAAUAAUGAUAAGUACGCAAUCAGUUCGAGGGAUAGAAAAAAUUCUGUCACAACACAAUAUGAAGAGCAAAUUAAAAAAAACAUUGGUACAGGGACAGAAAUGCAAUCAGUUAACAGAAAAGGUAAUAAAAUCAAGGCCCAGAACUGCUUUAAAAAUAAACUUCCAACUGAAAUUGAUAUUAAAAAGAAAGUUAAAGAAAAGAACUGCAGAACACAUUCAAACGAUAUUGAUUACGAAGAAAUGAGGAGAGAAAGGCUUUCCACAACAAGAGAGAGAAAAUCCGAUCAAAGAAAUGUUGCAACUGAAAGAAGUAGAGAAGAUGACAGUACUAGCUCUAGUGAUUCUGGAGGAAGCCUACUCUGUUCAUUGGCUCCAGCUUGGCUAAGCGCAAGGAGGAGAAGACGUCGUGCCGCUACCCAUAGUAAUUCAGGAGAAUGGGCUGUGACUGUAGCUGGUUCCUGCGCAGCUGCGCUACCGAAUGAUGUCGAAAUGAGACUGCGUUUUCCUGAAGCGAGGGAACGGCUAAAACGUGCCGAGUUGCUCCACCACCCACCAUACGCCAGUGCCGUGGAAUGCGGUACUGAUUCAAGCAGAGUUUCUCACGCCAGGAGACCUGCGUUUGAAGAAGUGGACAGUCGCACAGGACGACUUACCCUCACUCUAAAGAAGGAAGCGUCAGAUUCUUCAUUGCUUGCGUCGAAAAGUGUGAAGAAAUCGAACGACCUACUGCCAGAUCUGGAAACGUACAGAGCAUCUCGCAGUAAAACAAAAAGCUCUAUGAAGACACGGCGGGGCUACUCCCUUCACUGCUGGCUUCCAGAAGACGAUCCUGCGAUAAGGCCACGUAACGGCUUAUCGGUAUUGGGCAGCGCAAUAGUCCCGGAGCAGAAACCACGCGUUCCAACAAUGAGUGAACGCGAUCUUACGAGGAUAUACUCGACGAGACGACGAUUUUCUUAUCUACGAGCUUGAAUUAUAAUCAUUACCCUUCUAUGAUAUCGAUACCUACAGCAACGGAGUGUUCGUUAAUGAAGGAGAACUUCGCAGUGUCGCGUAGACUCAAGGCACAGAGACAUUCCCAUGCUAAACGCAUCAUGUCGACGUCUAGCAUUCUAUAAACGCAGGCUUUGCGGGAAACUUUUUACCUUGCACAGCCACUUUGUGGGAGCAAUUACUGGCAGCAGUAUUCCUAAAGCGAUACAAUUUAGGGACCUUCGAGCUCAGAGCUUACCCCCUGAAAGGCCGGCAAUGCAUAUCUUUGUCACAUCCGAUCACGUGAGCCUCUUCCCUGAUUGCCCCCUCGUAUACCUCCUACGUCAUUAUACCAUUUUCACUGCUUAUAAAAAACUAUGAUCCUUGUUUCUGAAGUUUGAAUUAAUGAAGAUAUUCGGUCAUUGCCAGGUAGAAGGGCACUACAUAAAGUGGGCUUUCUCAAAUACUAGUCGUCUAAAUUUAAAUGUACAAUAUAUGUCAGUACCUACUUAAGGAAUGUGUCCCCAAUUUAAUUCCUGUUCUUUUAAAUACUAGCUAGGUUCAACCAGAAACAGCUUUAGUUAAAAAGGUUUAUUGUUUACAUUCGACUAACUCGUAGUCAGUGGUACAUACUAAAUGAUGCUUGAUUUAUUGUUUAAACAAUUAGUUUGAUGUGAUAUUCAAUUAUAUCUACUACGGA